AUGCCAGACAGAAAGACCCGACAUCGCCGUGUCCCACACGAAGUAGCUCGCGGCCAGCGUGCUGUACAUUUCGGAGUACGGCGUAGUCGCAAAAACACGGUCCUGGUUGAGGUAUUUGUUGUCGAGCAGCGGGAUCGCCAGCACCACAAUCAACGUGGACUGGAUGAACGACACGACCCGCAUGCUGAAGUCGAGCCGGUCGGUUUUUUUCGGCACCAGAGACCGCAUUCGGGGCAGCAGACAAAGCAGCCGACACACCAGAUACAGCCCGUGAUAGAAGAGCACGCCGAACACCAGCACGUCCAGGACCUCGAGCAGCUUGCUGCCCGUGCGGUCUGGCACAAUGGCGUCCAAAAACGGGACCCGGACGGCGAUCGGAACGCGGUACUCGCAGGAUGCCCUAAAAUUCGAAAUGAGAUCCAUGGAAAAGUAUUUCCGUGCAACACCACCUUACGUAAAUGGAAAAAUAAAAUUUAA